AAAUUAAGGAAAAAAAGUGCCUAUUCUAAGCUACGCGCCAAAAAACCGCCUUUUCCCAGAGAACGCGUCAUAUGACGUAACGACAGGCAAACAUAGGCGCUGCAGCCCUGGUUCUCAGUGUGGGUUUACGUAGUCUGAGAGGUGGAAACAGAAAAUAGAGAUUGUCGUUAUCGUUAUUAUAGUUAUAGUAGGUUUGAGUUGUCACAAUGGUGAAUUCUUGUGUUUGUUUUGGAUGCAACAACUCCAACUUGUCUGGCCAUCGGGUCCACCGAUUUCCAAACAAGAAACACAAAGAUUUCCGUGCUUGGAUACGUUUCGUCCAGGCAAAGAGAAGCAAUUUCGCUGCCUCCUCGUUGACUAGACACACGGUGGUAUGUGAAAAACACUUCACACCGGACAGCUACAACCAAGGAGAUCUUAUGGAAUUUCGCAUGGGAUUUCGACGAAAAGAGUGGGUUAGGCUGGCAAAUGGAGCUGUGCCAUCGGUGCAUGCAAGUCCACCUGCAAAAUCUGGCGGGAGUGAAGAGUCUAACGUUAAUGUUAGCACUAGCAGAGAAUCUGCGCGUCGAAAACGGGAGCUUUGCACAAUUAUGGGAGAGAGUGCUGCCAGCAAAGACGGGGCGGGUGCAACUGCCACUUCAGAUCCUGAUGGAGAUGGAGACAUCUCUACAAUGGACCCUGAGCCAGAACUGGUCCAUCGUGGAUCACAGUGUUCAGGUAAACCAGAAGAGCUGGAAUCUCUCAGUGACCCAAAUGCUGUUGACAAGUUCAUUGUUUGCCAGAGGCAGUUGCUGUCCUUGUUCACAGUUUGCCCUGCAUGCUGUGGGGAAACCCAGGGACGCAUAAUGCACCCGGAAGGAACUUUCAUAAAAGUCAAGCAGGCCUGCGGAACUUGUGGCUAUGAGCGUUACUGGCAAAACCAAGAGAAGGUGCAACGAAACAUGCCUGCCUGCAACCUUUUACUCAGCGGUGCCAUCCACUUCUCAGGUUGCAUGGCUACUCAGACAAUCAGGAUGCUGAAGCUGUUUGGACUGCAGUGCAUAAGUCCCGGCACUUUUUUCCGCCAUCAUCGCUAUUACACUAUCCCUACCAUCGUGCAGGCCUGGAGGAAUGAGCAGAGUGGGAUCAUCAGGGAGUUGAAGGAGACUGGGGGUGGAUUGAUCCUGUCUGGUGACUGCAGAUCAGAUUCUCCUGGACACUGUGCCAAGUAUGGUAGCUACUCCUUGAUUGAGGAUCGAAUUAACAAAGUUUUGGAUGUUCAGCUUGUCCAAAGCUCAGAAGUCCCAAGCAGCUCUUGGUGUGAGCUAGAGGGUCUAAAGCGGAGUAUGCAGUUCCUGAUGGACCAAGACAUGCAAGUGUCUGCUCUGAUAACAGACAGAAAUCGGCAGGUGGCCAAGUGGGUACGUGAGAAAAUGUGUUCAGAAGGAACAAAGCAUUUCUUUGACGUCUGGCAUAUUGGGAAAAGUGUACAGAAAGCACUGGAUGCUGCUGCAAAAGAGAGGGACUGUGAGGAUCUGAAGCUGUGGAGGCCUGCCAUUAUCAACCAUCUCUAUUGGACCGCAGCUUCCACCCCUACAGGAGAUCCAGAUGAGAUGCAGGCAAAAUGGCAGAGUAUGAUAAAUCAUGUACAGGACAUACAUGAACACAGCUCUCUAGCAUUUACCAGCUGCGCACAUCCACCGUUGGAAGGAGAGGCAAGAAACAAGGAGUGGCUGGAACCAGGUACAACAUAA